GUGGGUGGGUGCUGUUAUAUGUGCUGCUCAUAAAUGAGAAGUGAUCACAAUCAGCAGAGCAUUUGAACCAAAAAUGAAGCAACAGGCUUGGAACCCUGGAGCCCUUCUCUUUUUAAUUCUGCUUGGAGCAGUUUCCUUCACAUUGAGUGAUCCCUUCAUAUUAAAAGUGUCAAAUGGACAGUCCGCCACCCUGUACUGUAAUGAAUCCCUUCCAGCAGCAUCACAGGCCCAGUGGACAAAGAGAGGGGUCAGUGGGGAUAAACAUGUGAUUCUGACCAUACAGAAGGAUGGAAGAGUUGAUAAAGAAAUAGCAGAUCUACAGAAUCGUUUCCAAAUAAAGGACCGCUUCAACAUUCAUAUUGAGAGAGUUGAUCCAGAAGACAUUGGAACCUAUGAGUGUGGAGGACGAGAAACAAGUUUAAUAGUACUGACAGAUCCUGCCAGUUGCACAGUGUCAGAGGGACGGUCAGUAACCCUUUUCUGUGGUGACUCAGCGGUUCUAGCAGGGAAAGGGACAGUCAGGUGGGCCCGGGUUAAUGGAAGCAUUUAUCAUUCUAUUCUGUACAAAGAUCCAGCAGGAAAUAUUGUAAAACACGUAAAUGAUCCAGACAAUCUAUAUCAACUUACACCAGACUCAUCCCUUUACAUAAGUAAAGUAAAAUCAACAGACGCUGGGAGAUAUGAAUGUAACAAGAUCCACGUGGCUGAUUUAAACAUGUGGACUGAUCCUUCAAAACCAACAGUCCUGACCACACCUCCAAAGAAAGAAACGGCUACAACUACUUCAAAAACAACUGACCAAACUGCACAAUCAAACACAAGCCCACUCACAACUAUUGCCACAUUCAGCAGUGUGAGUAUUAUCAUGCUAAUUCUGGCAGCUGCAAUAUUCAUCAUCUUAUGGAAAAGAAGAUCAACAGCAAAAGCUUGUGAAUUGGAUAAUCAUGUGAAAUAUGCUCUUGUGUCGAUGCCAGAUGAAAACAAGAGUCAAGACAACACAUACCAUGUUUAUGAAACAGUGAAGGAUCCAACAACAGCCAUAAACAACAACCAGGACUGCAAAGAACAUCUAUAUUACUUGGUUAUCCAGGAACCAAACGCCCUCCAAAACAAUUCUCACACCACUGAGGAAUUUCAGUAUGCACUGGUGCAGCUGCCAAAAGUUGACAAAAACAGUGACCAGGAUGAAAAGGAAACAGAAUACUCACUUUUGCAUGCUCCCAAAGCAACUGACAGCAAAUCUCAAAACAGUAAGGAACCCGAGUAUGAACUUGUGAAAGCACCAAUGGAAAACAUUGAAUCUCAAGACAUAAAUGAAUCUGAAUAUUCCCUUGUGCAAGCAUCAAAGAGUGUCAAAUGAGAGUGAAGAGGAUCCCAUAUCUAGUUCUAAUAGACUCUGAGUGGGGAAAACAAAGUUGUCAGUCUAUUGAUUCGAACACGGCUAAGAGAGAAAAGAUGAAUACAAUACCCUUUAAACUGCCUCUAUCACCUCAUCUUUAAGCUAGUUUACGUUUUAAUUAUUAUUUUUUGUUUAAAGAUUAUGAAUGCAAUAUUUUGAUUUCGUAUUGUAAUGAACUGCUAUAUACAGCGAAGUCAUUUUGUAAAUUAAAUACAACGUGUAAAUGUUUCAGUGCAAUUA